CGAACGGCGACCGCGCCUCCAAUUCGUCCUGAACGAACUCGACUUCAUUGAGCUCCCCCUCCCUCGGUCUCUACGAUCACUGCAACACGACUGCCUGAGCAAUGACCACCAUCGAGGCGGGGUCUACAGGCCCCAGCCUACUCGUUCUCCCGAUGGACAUCCUCACCGUCGUGCAGUCCUUCAUGAAGCCACUCGAUAUCAAGGCCUUGCAAUCGACAUGCAAAACCCUUCGAGACCCAACUCUGCGCCGCACCGUGUGGCGCGCCGCGCUCCGCCGAGUCAUUGAGCAGAACGACGUCUUUGCGCCUACCUUCCCCUCUCUGCAGACCAUGUCUACCUCUGAACUCUCGUACGCGGCGCUCCGCCCCCAGGUCUUUCUUCAGCGCGUCGAACGCUGCGCAUCGAGCUGUCCCGAAGACAAAAUCGGCUAUCUAAAGCCACUCCGUCGACAAGAGGUCCAGCUAAACAUCCGCGAAAUCGACAUCGGCGAGUAUACCGAUCAGUUUAGCGCGGCCUCCCUGGUUUCUGGAGGGCGAUACUUGCUCGUCUUACUCAGCUUCACCAUCUACAUCUACGACUUGGGAGAACUACGUCCAGAACUCGACCCGAUAUUCAUCACAACCACCAAGGAUCUGGAACCACUGCCCACUCCUUGGCCCUUGAGGUUCCACCUGGACUUUCAUGUUGCGCGCGGCGGUGAUCUCCUCCUGUUCAUCUCUUUUCUGACGAGGCAAACGCAUGACAACACAGAUGACUUUUGGGCAUGCGCGAGAGUCUACAAGGUCCAAGGCCUCCCCGACACCCCUCAUGGCGAGCUCAUGGGACGGCUUGAUUUCAAGGUCUCCUCUAUGUACUCAAACUUGAGUUUAUGGUGCCUCGAAGGAGAUCUGGUCUCCUUCACGAUGUAUGGAGAACCAAAUUCGCAGGUAGUAGGCGUGGGGGACUACGUUCACAGCGAAGUGGCCUCAUGGAGUUGUCCUCGUGCUUCGAUGUGUAUCAUCAAACGGAAUCACCUCAUCGUCGGAAACUACGGACGAGGCUUACUCGUGUACGAGCUUCCUCCCCUAUGCCCCCUCGCGACGGAAACGCUCGAGCACUCGGUUCUGGAGCCUAUUCAGAUCAUUCCGGCUGUCGAGGGUCUGAAUCCGCUACCCAUAGCAGUCUACCAGCGCUCGGUCGGUGUCCCAUUAUUUGAUGCUUUUUUGGAGAACAAAAGUGAGAUGCCGGCCAAACUUGUGCGAUAUCGUAUCGAUAUACCAUGCUUGGACGACGCGCCCUCCUUAGAAGACGCGCCCUCUCCAGACGACGCACUCUCACCAAACGGUCCGAACGCUUCCUUCUCGCUCGUCAUAGAGUCUACAUUCGACGCCACUCGCGAAGGCCCAGGCCGCCGCGCUGCGAUCUCGAGAACUCUACGCGCGUGCGACGACAGUAUGGUGCACACGCGCGCUAUCGAACCGGACUCCGAUUCUGGAGAGAAAGAUCGGGAACGGGUGACGAUACACGUCGAGCAUGGGGAUGGCGAAGCGGUGAUCGCCGGGCACAAUCAGGUCGGGGGCACCAAGGAGCGAGUAUUCUCCCUCGUAGACUUGGUCGACCGACGCGAGGGCACCUGGAACUUCGAUACCGACGCCGCACCGGAAGAAUCCACCUGGGCAAACUCGGAACGGGCCAUGAGCCUGCUGACCCUCCCUCUGGACCUCCUCGUCCUCGUCCACUCGCAUCUGACGCCUCUGGACAUCCUGUCGUUACAUGCGACCUGCAGAACACUCAGAAGCCCAACGCUGGGCCUCCUCGUCUGGCGAGACGCCCUGCGCCACUCCAUCGAGGAGAACAACAUCUUCGGACCCACCUUCGACCUCGCAUCCAUGUCUGUCAGCGCGCUCCGCACUGCCUCCCUGCGACACCAAGUUCUGCUGCGGGUCAUAAAAUCCCGGAGUCCAUCAUCGCAGAGCUUCGACCCUCGCUACCUGUGGCCUCGGUCUCACCGCAAAAUCACGCUGGAUAGAGGUUUCCUGCUUAGAAUGAUGAGGCAGAGGCAGGACAAUGCUAGGGAGAUGACCUUGCUGCAAGGCGGACGGUAUUUGCUCCUGGAUACGGUGUGUACGUUCCGGGUGUACGAUCUCGACGAUUCAGAGCGCAAGGAGCCCGAGAUGACUCUGAAGCCCAUCAUGUUCUGGAUCAAGUCCGACGACGACCAGGAUAUACCGACCUUGCCGGGGCGCUGCGUCCUUCGUAUGCACAAGGUCGAAGGCGACGAAGUCAUCUUGUUCUUCUCGAUUCCAGCCAUCGCAACUGGAUUCCUUCCGACAUCGCUCGUGGCGUACGCUAUACGCGGACUCCCUCAUCAACCCCUCGGAGAAGAGAUCGCUAGAUACUCUCUCAAGGGGCCGGGUGAGCUAUUGCCCAAGUCCUUCAGCUCCGACCGAGUCUCCUUCGUCGGUAGCGAGUCUGACGUUUUUGGCGUAUGGGACUAUAGGCGGGACGAAGUCGUGCUUAUGCGCACUCCUCCGGACUGGUCCCGUCGAGACUCGUCGAUCGAGUGCCUCAUCACGCCAAACACCGUCAUUCUGAAAAGCUCCAAUGCGAAGAAGCUGGGGGUCUACGAUCUACCCCCAUUCGCUCCGACUACCGCGCCGCCCGUGUAUGCACCCGCCUACCGCGACGUACUUCACUCGCAGGCGAUCAUCAAGUCCUGUCAGAUCUUGCCCCUGCACGACAGCAAUGGGCCCUACCUCUUCGACCUCCAUCCCUUCAAAGGCGACGGCCGCUUCCAUCGCUAUCGCCUCGAAGCGGACCCCACUAGUGGAUUGUUCAUGCCCGUCCCCGAUACCGCCUGGAUGCAGCUGUACCCCGUCGGCAUGCACCCCGUGCAAAAAUACGACAUGAAGAAUUGCCAACUCAGGCCUCUGCGGGCGUGGGCGGAUGAUGUCUUUGUGGUCGGAUAUCGCACGGGGUGGAGGGACUCGGAGAUCAGAUACAAGUACCGCGCGCGCGAUGAGGAUUUGGACGGGCACGGCGAGGGCGAGGACGAGGAAGACAAUGGCAGUGACUGGACAAUUGAUAGCGAUGAGGCCACCAACGACGACCAGGCCAACGUCUUUCUCCAUGUCCAGCACCGGGACUUGGAAAAAGGCCUGGACCGCAAGUAUCCCCUCUCCAUUGCUAGCAUCCUGGAUCGCAGCCACGAGGCGUGGGGGGAGCGGAGGUGGGAGUUCGUGGAAUUUUGCCCCGCGUCUGGGAGGUUGCUCACGGUGGAAGUGCUGUCGAUGAAUCGCCUGGAACUGAACGUUUUCGAUUACUUUCCUUCGGUCGAGGCGUGAGCCGAGGUUAUCGCACACAUGACAUUGUUAGUCCCUGUUUGAGCUUCGCAAGUGCCGCAAAAUAAAGCGGUAGAAAUAAGAACUGUUUGGCUGGCC